AUGGGCUUCCCGGGUGCGAUCGGGCUCGGGCUCGGGCCGAUGCCGACCCCGGGGAUGUCGGCAGCACCCCUGUCAGGUCAGUCCAACAUGGCCGCGUCAGGGCUCGGGCUGGGCGGCGGGCUGCAGCAGGGCGACCCCGGCAUGGGGUCCUGGCUGCUCUCGCGCCCGCUGAUGCCCCGUGCGGGGGAGGCCUCUGGCAAGGGUACCGCGCCUGUGCCGGAGGGGGCGGGCGGCGCGCCCGCCGCGAGCAACAACGGCGCGGGGGCGUCCGACCUGUCUCACAUGCACCACGACGGCUUCUCGCUGCUCCCUUCCAGCCUCCUGGGAACGUUCCCCGCCACUUCCAAGGGCAAUGAGUCAGGGGAGGGGUCGAGCGCGCCCCCGACGUCGCUGACCAUCGGCCAGAACGGCAACGGCCAGAUCUGGUGA